AUGGAGAAAAAAUACCCUGUCAUUGCAGGAAGAGAAAGAGGACCAGGACCGGGGCGGUAUGGGCUUCCUCCCACCAUUGGGUUUAUUGGCCACGACUUCACAAAACCAACCAGCCCUGCCUACACUUUCCAUGGCAGGAUGAGUGAUAAUAUGUACUACGUUGACUCCAGUCCAGGGCCUAAAUAUCACAUAGAUGCAAAAAUCACCCGCUUUGGAAAAGAUGGCACACCUGCACAUUCAAUGCUCGGAAGAGUAAAAGCUCAGAAGGAGCUGUUCCACACACCUGGACCUGGCGCUUACAGCCCAGAGAAGGCCUUACCGUGCAGCCUGCAGCGCAGACCUCCGUCCUACACGAUGGGUGCUCGCACUCACUACCGCAGCAUCGACUCAGUCCCCGCGCCCAACAAGUACUGUCUCCCUCCACUGAUGGGCCCUCAAGUCCCCAACAAGUCCGCUAGUGCAAGCUACACGAUGUCAGGCAGACUGAGUACUGGAGGACCAUCUGUGGAUUUGGCCAAAACGCCCGGGCCUUGCACCUACAAUCGUACCGACCCAAGUGUUUAUCUACCCCGACAGCCAGCUUUUUCCAUGCUGGGACGACACAGUCUGCCGAGAGAUGGUACCAAGAAACCAGGACCAGGAGCCUACAAUCCAGAGAAAGUCACGGUUCACAAGUCUCGGGCUCCAGCUUACUCCUUGGGAAUUAGACACUCCGAGUUCGUCACCCCACUCGUUCUUAGUGUUUCUGACUGA